GUACUGCAGCACAUGCUCAGUGUUUUGGUCAUACAGAAGGGAGCGCACGCGUUUGCGACUGUCUCGUGUUGAUGAUAUGAAGAUAAAUCUUCCUGAUAUGGACAAUAAACACACCGCAGAUGAAGAGCGGAGGGCGGUGAAGCGCAAGAUGGCGAUGUCCAGCUGUGAUGUUUGUGAUUGUGAAGAGGCUAAGUACAGGUGUCCGAGCUGUAAGAAACACACCUGUAGUCUGGUGUGUGUAAAGCGGCACAAGUCUGUGUCAGGAUGCUCUGGUGUUCGGGAUCAGACUGCGUUUGUGUCGCUGUCUGACUUCAGGGAGAUCCACAUGCUCAGCGACUACAGGUUUCUGGAGGACAGCGCUCGACUCAGACAGCAGUCCAGCAGAGACACUGUGAUGACCAGCGGACGACAACACCCCAAACAGGGUCAGUGGAUGAUCAGGAAGGCCAAAGCAGUGAAAGUGACGCUAAAGCUUCUGCCCAAAGUCUUCAGCAAACACAGAGAAAACACCACCAUCUUCAUAAACAGGGAACGGCAAUUUCACUGGCAUCUCAAGAUCCAUUUUCCUCAGAGCGACGCCGUUUAUUCUGAGAGGCGUCCUGAUAACACUCCGCUUGAACAGAUCCUCCACGGCUACAUCCAUCCAUCAGAAGCAGAUCCAGUGCGACUGCAGAAGUUAAAGCUCUACGUCUCCAGUCAGCAGAACAUCAGAGUCUUUCUGAAAGCAGAACUGGAGCAGCUGAACUCUCUCAGGUAUCAUGAGCUGGAGCUGAACAAGACUCUGCAGGAGAAUCUGAUGUGCAAGAGCAUCAUCGAAUACCCAGAACUCUUUGUGGUACUGGAUCAGCACAGUCAGCAGUACCGCACGGCAGAACCAGACGCUCCUGGUGAAGGUGCAGCAAACAUCUCCAGAUCUUCAUCUUGUCCAUCAGAAACAGCAGUGCAGAAGAAGCCCAGAGUCUCAGAAGAUCUGGAGGACGGAGAGCUGAGGAGCGAAGAUGAGGAUGGAGAAGGAGGAACGCAGAACAAACACACUGAAGAUGAAGAGCAGAAGAAGAGCAGCAACACAGAGCAGACUGCAGGACAAACUGAAGAAGAGCAGAGAGAGUCUGAGAUGAUGAUGAUGAUGAAGGACAGACCCAGACAGAGCUGAUGAUGCUGAGAAAUGAUGCACUGCUAAACUGAAGUCUCACUCGGAGGUUGGUCUCGUUUCUAGUCCAAAUAUUGAAGCAUUCUUAAAUCAGUCAGUAUUAUCUAGACCAGCAGAACACAUCGAGCUGAGACUAACUGAAGAGAGUUUCUCAAGAAAACAAGCUGAAUAAUCCUGAUUUAGGGUUAAA